GAAGCUUCUGGCGGAAGAUUUUGAAGACGUUGUAAUGGGCAAACCAGAUAGAGAUGAAUAUUGUGAAGUGGUAAAAUUCACACUGGAGUUUGAGGUCAUCUAUGAUGGAUUUAACUUCAUAAAGAUUCUAAAUCAAAAUAUGAGGAAUUUUCUGGCGUACCAGCCGCUGAAGAUUGUGCAGGCAUUAAAAAUAGUCGAUCCUGCUAGAAAUGGGGAUGUUGAGAUCGCCGAAUCGAAAUAG